GUGGGGAGGCCCGGCAGGAGGCUGCGCGUCCGGGAUGCUUUGCUGCUUGUCUACUUUUUGGAAGACUCAAUCUGUUUGUCAAGCAGGCUGACCCUUCUCUGUGGCUUUACUGACACCGGGUAGCAAAAACUAGUUGCAGGCUUCCAUACCCUUUGGGAUGUGUAAUUGAGCAUGCUGCUUCAACACAAAAGAUGAACCUUUUAGACCUUCUCAGACACAGAGCACUCAACCCAACUGCUGCAGUAGAGAGAAAUCUGUGCCACCAUGGCUAGAAGAGGGAUUUAACUCUUGCAGAAAGAAGAAGUGAGUGUUAGCCCAGGAAGUGGCAGUUAUCUUGCACUGGGUCCUCCCAGGUAGCUUCAAAUAGGCAUUGCCAAUGGAUGAACUGGUGCAUGACUUGGCUUCAGCUUUAGAGCAGACUUCAGAGCAAAACAAACUGGAUGAGCUAUGGGAAGAGAUGGCCCUAAGCCCGCGGCAGCAGCGGCGUCAGCUUCGCAAGAGACGGGGUCGUAAACGACGCUCAGACUUCACGCAUCAGGCAGAACAUGCCUGCUGCUACAGCGAGGCCUCAGAGUCAAGCUUGGACGAAGCUGUUAAGGAUUGCCGUGAGGUGCUGACAGCUAAUUUCAGUGACUCUGAUGACAUGGCAGUGGUCAAACGACAUCCAGCUCUUAGUGCCACCCUGAGGAGCAAGCAACACUUGUGGCAUGAGUCAGACUCCUUUACAGAGAAUGCAUCCUGUCGACCUCUCAGGCGCCGACGGAAAGUCAAACGUGUGACAUCAGAGGUGGCUGCCAGUCUCCAGCAAAAGCUCAGGGUGUCAGAAUGGAACUAUGAGAGGGGCUGCAGGUUCAAGUCAGCCAAGAAACAGCGUCUUUCACGCUGGAAAGAGAAUGCCCCUUGGACAUCAUCCAGUCAUGGCCUUUGCGAGUCAGGGGAGAAAAGGCCCUUCCUCAGCAAUGGGGGAAGGAAGGAGCGGAUGGAGUGUGAAGCUGAUGAUCAGAAACAGGGCUCAGAUGAAAACAUGUCGGAAUGUGAAACCAGCAGUGUUUGCAGCAGCAGUGAUACUGGCCUGUUUACCAAUGAUGAAGGCCGCCAAGGAGAUGAUGAGCAAAGUGAUUGGUUUUAUGAAGGAGAAUGUGUUCCAGGAUUCACUGUCCCGAACCUUCUUCCCAAAUGGGGAGCUGAUCACCGAUCUGAAGUGGAGAGGAUUGACUCAGGCCUGGGCAAGCUCUCUGUUUCCACCUUCCUAUUGCCCUCACGGCCAGCUCAGAGAGGAUUUCAUGCUCGUCUGAAUCGCCUUCCAGGAGCUGCUGCCCGUUGUCUCCGUAAAGGUCGGAGGAGGCUGGUUGGCAAGGAGACCUCCAUGAGCACUCUGGGCACCGAGAGGCUAGGUCAUAUUGUUAGUGAUCCACGCCAGAAAGAUUUUUGGUUACCAUCCAUGGGGAAGAGAGAUCGCAACCAGUUCAAUCCAUUAUCUCCUCUGUACUCUCUGGAUGUGCUUGCUGAUGCUUCCCACCGAAGAUGCUCACCAGCACACUGCACUGCCAGGCAAGCAAAUGUCCACCUGGGACCACCAUGUUCAAGGGACAUCAAGAGGAAACGAAAGCCAGCUGCAGCCUCCAUGUCUAGCCAAACAUCAGCAACUUUAUCUGUUCACAUGGAUGCAGCAGAGUCAGAGCUACCAGCAACACCAUCCUUGAGAUCCCAGAACUCUGAGUGGACUGGGAAAACACCAGCAGCUGAGAAAUCUACUAUUGCUGCCUCCAGUAACUUUUUUAAAAUGCCACCAGAGAAGAGCCCUGGAUACAGCUAAAAGGAAGCAUUGUAACUGUAAAAGCUUGCUCGAUUUUGGAAGUGUUUGAUUCUGGUGUUUGUCUGCACUAAACAUCUUGUUUGGCAGUAGUGGUAUCUUCAGUAUUGGUGCGUGAUGCGUGCCAUCAUCCAGGCAGGUCUGUGUGCCUCACACACCUAAGUCAUGUUUGUGAAUCUGUGCUUAAGAAAAGGUAAUCAGUGUUGAGACUGCAGUGGCUUUUAGAAAGUUUCCUGCUAUCACUGUAUUUAUUAAGAAUUCAUCUCUUUCCCUGGUUCCAGCUCAUAUGUAAUGGGUCAUGUACAGGUUCUUUUGGGUUUUCAGAUGUUUAAUCACCCCCUGGACAUGUUGCUUGUUUGUGUAUUUGGCAUUUUCAGGGUGGAAGUCCCACUGCCAUUCAGGGAGGCUGGAGUCUCUCUCUGCUUGCUUCCUGGCCAGAAGGAUUUCUUGGCUGGGGAAUGAGGAGGGAAUACGAACACAUUGAAACAUGAAACCUGAAUCCCGUAUUAGCAGAAUGUUUUCUGGCCAUGUGCUAAUGGACUCAAAUCAUGUUGCUUCUGGAAAAGCAAAUAUGGUGCUUGUCUAUGUAGAAAUUGCCAUUAGCUCACAGGCAGCAUUUGUCCGUUAGACCUUUUCCUUCUCCCUUGUUCUGAAUGUCUUCAGUCUUGUGUAUUGCAUGUUCAUUCCUAAACCUCCUACUGGAUAAGGAUUUGGGAGAGCUACUUGGAUGUAAAUGUGCAAGCUGGUGUCCUGGAUAGAAACCGAGACCCUUGAAUAUUGUUGCAGUAUGGUAGAAGAUUACACAAAACAUCCGUAUCUCAGUGUUUAAAUUAAAAAAUGUCUGUUAGUGUUUCUAAA